CCCAGUGUUUGCCAUUCCGACGCACACCCCUGGCUGAAGCGCAACAGCUACGCGGAGUUGCUCCAAGUGGACUUCCACAGAACCUUCAAACCCGUACCGACACCUCCGGAUGCGGGUCCUCCCACCCCCCCCGCCAUCCUGUGCGCAUAGAGAGGGAGCACAGCAGCGGAGAGAUGCGCCCUGGUCAGUUGCCGCGCGUCGGUGAAGUCAAAUAACGGGAAUGAGAGCGGGUACAGUCAUCGGAAUAACGGGACGCGAAUGUGAAAAAGCACAAAGACACUUGCUCAUUGGCGUGGAUGAUGCCGGAAUGAGGCGGCGGGAAUCCUCCGUGGUGUGAGUGACAGGCAUGAGAGGAACACAAAGCUCCGCUGCAGUGAUCACUCUUUGAGCUUCCAUCCAUCCAUCGUGAGGGUCCACUGUGAGCGUCUUUAUUCAUGUUGCAAAAGCCUGGCUCGUGACAAUGGAUUACUUGCUGUGGCUGUGCAGCUUCAUUGUGCCCGUGGUGCUGGCUGUUGAAGAAACCCUUAUGGACAGUCGGUGGGCUACCACAGAGCUGGCCUGGACUACAUUCCCAGAGAGCGGGUGGGAGGAAGUUAGCGGCUAUGAUGACUCCAUGAGCCCGAUCAGAACCUACCAGGUGUGUAAUGUCCGACAGCCCAACCAGAACAACUGGCUCAGGACGGACUAUAUCCCCCGCAGGGGUGUGCUGCGUGUCUAUGUGGAGCUCAAGUUCUCUGUGCGUGACUGUGCCAGCAUCCCCAACAUCCCCGGCUCCUGUAAAGAGACGUUUAAUCUGUUUUACUACGAGUCUGAGGGGGACGCCGCCACAGACACCAGCCCCAUGUGGAGGGAGAACCCCUACGUGAAAGUGGAUACUAUAGCCCCCGAUGAGAGCUUCUCUCUGCUGGAAGCUGGCAGGAUCAACACCAAAGUGCGCAGCUUCGGCCCCCUCUCAAAGGCUGGCUUCUUCUUGGCCUUCCAGGACCUCGGCGCCUGCAUGUCGCUCAUCUCCGUCAGGGUCUUCUUCAAAAAAUGCUCCACCACUAUCGCGAAUUUCGCCGUCUUCCCUGAGACUGCAACCGGCGCAGAAGCUACUUCUUUAGUCAUCGCUCCGGGGGCUUGUGUGACCAACGCUAUGGAGAUGUCUGUGCCUCUUAAGCUCUACUGCAACGGUGAUGGCGAGUGGAUGGUUCCCGUGGGCGCCUGCACCUGUGUCGCUGGUUUUGAACCCACCGCAGAUCGCACCCAAUGCCAAGCUUGCAUCCCAGGAACUUUCAAAUCCAAAUUCGGGGACAGCUUCUGCGUUGCGUGCCCGUCGAACAGUCGCACCAGUGCCCGAGGAGCCAGUAUUUGUCCCUGCCAAAGUGGCUUCUACCGUGCUGAUAGCGACCCCCCUGACAAUGCCUGCACCACUGUCCCAUCAGCCCCUCGCAACGUGAUAUCCAGUGUCAACGAGACCUCGCUGUCCCUGGAGUGGGAGGAGCCUGAGGACACAGGUGGAAGGAGCGACCUAGUGUAUAACGUGGUGUGCAAGAAAUGCCUGCGAGACCGCAGUCCGUGCACGCGAUGCGACGACAACGUGGACAUCUCCCCCCGGAGGCUGGGGCUGAGGCAGAGGAAGGUAGUGGUGAGGAAUCUGCAGGCUCACACCCGCUACAGCUUCGAGGUGCAGGCGGUCAACGGCGUCUCCGGGAAGAACCCCUCCUCUCCGCGUUACUCCACAGUCAACAUCACCACCAACCAGGCUGCACCAUCAGCAGUACCGACGGUCCAUCUGAUGCGUUCCACCGCAGACACCCUGAGCCUGUCAUGGCUGCCCCCCGAGAAACCUAAUGGGGUCAUUCUGGAUUACGAGAUUAAAUACCACGAAAGGGGCCAGGCUAUGUCGCACACUGUGACAUCCCAGCACAGCUCAGCCAAGGUGGAAGGGCUAAGGGCCGCUACGCCCUAUGUCGUGCAGGUCAGAGCUCGCACCGUAGCGGGAUAUGGACGCUACAGCAACCCCAUGGAUGUCAGCACCAGCCUGCACAGUGACCCUCAGAAGUCUGUGCAGGACCAGCUGCCUCUCAUCAUUGGCUCAGCCUCGGCAGGGCUGGUAGUCAUCGUUGCUUUGGUAGUGAUAGCUGUUGUCUGCCUAAAGAAGCAGCGCAGUGGCUCUGAGCUGGAGUACACAGAGAAACUGCAGCAGUACAUUUCUCCGGGGGUUAAAGUGUACAUCGACCCUUUCACCUACGAGGACCCAAAUGACGCCAUCCACGAGUUCGCCAAGGAGAUCGACAUCUCCUGCAUAAAGAUUGAAGAAGUCAUCGGUGCAGGUGAGUUUGGCGAGGUGUGUCGCGGACGGCUGAAGCAGGCCGGCCGCAGGGAGAUGGUGGUGGCCAUUAAGACCUUGAAAGCCGGCUACACGGAGCGCCAGAGGCGGGACUUCCUUGCCGAGGCCUCCAUCAUGGGCCAAUUCGACCAUCCCAACGUCAUCCGGCUGGAGGGUGUGCUGACACGGAGCUGCCCCGUCCUUAUCAUCACAGAAUUCAUGGAGAAUGGCGCGCUUGAUUCCUUCCUCAGGCUGAACGACGGCCGAUUCACAAUGACACAACUGGUCGGGAUGCUGCGCGGCAUCGCAGCGGGAAUGAAGUACCUGUCAGACAUGAACUAUGUCCACAGAGACCUCGCGGCCCGCAAUAUUCUGGUCAACAGCAACUUGGUGUGCAAGGUCUCAGACUUUGGCCUGUCACGCUUUCUGGAUGACACUUCUGCUGAUCCCACUUAUACAAGCUCACUGGGAGGAAAAAUUCCCAUCCGGUGGACGGCGCCAGAGGCCAUUGCCUUCAGGAAGUUCACCUCUGCCAGUGACGUGUGGAGUUAUGGCAUCGUUAUGUGGGAGGUGGUGUCGUAUGGAGAGAGGCCAUACUGGGACAUGAGCAACCAGGAUGUGAUGACGGCAGUAGAGCAGGACUACCGGCUGCCCCCGCCCAUGGACUGUCCCAUGGUGCUGCACCAGCUCAUGUUGGAGUGCUGGAUGAAGGAGCGCAACCUGAGGCCCAAGUUCUCGCGCAUCGUCAACACCUUGGACAAGCUACUGCGUAACGCCGGCAGCCUCAAGGUGGUGACGAGCACGUACUCAGGGGACCUGCUGCGGCUCGGAGGAACGCUGCCAGGACACAACAGGAAAAGCCCGGACAGCAGCGAGGAAAUUGUUCGGCAACAAAUGAGCCAAACCCUCCCCAUCAGAGUGUGAGCUGCUGCAGCGUCAAGCAGCAAGAAAGACGUAAAUAAACUACCUAGAAACUCUUGACUGGAAGAGCUUGAUGUAAAAUAAAGAAGAUAAAACAGGGGAAGCUCCGGCUACACAGGAAGGACCACUCGGAAUACUUUGUACUGUAUGAGCGCCCCGAGACUUCAUGUUAAAAGACAGCGUUCCAUUACAGUGUGUGCGUGUGUGUGCGUGUGUGUGUUCUUCAUUUGACUCAUGUGGUUUUGUGACUGUCAACAUAAAACCAAACGUCUUAUGGGCCCUCUCAGGUUGUGUUUGCAUGUCUGCAUGUGUUUUCUGCCGGUUGGGAACCAGUGGGCUUCUCCUCGCCCAGCACACAGAGGAAAAGGAGCGCUCACACAGACCGGAAUGAGGGUCUAGAAGGAUCCGACAGUGCCAAGAUUUAAAAUCAGCCUCACAUCUGUGCUAGAUGUCUUUUUAUUCUUCCUGUUAUAAUUUUUUUUUGAGGGGGGAAAAGAAACAAAACAAAAAAAACCCUUAAAUCCGCUUCCUCUUAUAUACAGUCUUCCACAUGUACUGGGAGAAUUCCGUGUUCUAAUUCUGUACAAAGCAUCCAAGUCUUCACAUGGUCUCUCCUUCCAAGAGGAGCGAUCCAACUGACACUGUGCUGGACACGUCACGUGCAUGCCAAUGUGGAACGCUCCAUGUUAAAUGUGGCUUUGGUGGCAUUGGCGAUGGACUUUAAGGUCCAUGUUUUCUUAUUUGAAUCAUAUACGCAUUGUUUUGAAUGCUAACUUAUUUGUGCUUUUUUUACCGGGGGCUUUUUAUUACAAUGCUUGUGUGUGUUUUUGGUUUUGUUUUGUUUAUUUGGGUUUUUUUUUUUUUCCAGGCCAGACAGACAAACGAAUGAGUGAAAUUCAGACAGAAGCUUUGAAGGGAAAAAGACGCAGAGGCUGUUUUUUGUUUAUGUUAAUGAAACACGCCUGUGAGUUGUAGAUCGUACUUUGGCAAACACGUCACAGACGAGUGCGUGUUCAAAAGGUCGCUAUACAGAUGAAAGCUUUAUGACCUUAAUAUUGACUUGACCUACAAACGUGGAUGUAAAACCAAGCGCUCGUUGGUCCAUUUCUCCGAACAUGCGUCCAGUGCGGUCCCUAUUUAAAUGAAUGACUGCCUGUAUAUACACACUUUAGAUCAAUCAGCCUUUACUGCUAUCUGACCUGACUUUGGCCUCUCUGUGACCUUUGUUUACAUGCUUGUUUGUUUGUUGUUGAGGAGCAAACAAUGGCAGAAAUGUACGUAUAAUGGUCAUUACAUAUCUGAAACUAUAUGUCAAAAUGAAAGAAGAAGAAAAUGUGCGUCUGUAAAGGGCAGACGUUUUCCUGUGCAAUUCAAGGUGUAGUAGAUUGUAAAAAAAAAAAAAAAAAAAAAAAAAAAAAAAGCCAGAAAA